ACUCGCUCUUAGUACUUUAAUGGAGCCGCAGCAUCUCCUCUGAAGCACGAGAGCAUUAGGGUAUAUCUCCGGGCACUGAGGCGGGAUGAAAAACCGUUGGUAAAUCUUUUGAUUGACCGGGACUGGUGAAGGCGGAGGUGGCUUUAUUAUCGAAUGAACCCCUGUUAACGGACAGACAUACAAAUAGACAGAAUGCACCGGGACCUCAACGGAACCGUCGUGAUCACUGAGCACGCCGUGAAGUGUGUUUAAUACCGCUAGUUAACGCGGAUUAAAUCAUAUUGUUGACGGUGAGAAACACACGGAUGGAUUGGUUAAAGAAUGUGAAUAUAAUAUCUACAAAAUGAUUGCAUAAUAAUCUAUAUGAGAUGGCCCAGUGGGGAUUCUGAAAGAGAGAUUGUAGAUGAAAAUAGAUAGAGACAGAAUGAUAUUCGACAGACCAAUACAUGCACUAAUAUUUUAACUGUGGGACCAAAAACCGAUUAUUAUUAUUAUUGGUAAAUAGGCUAAAUUAAUGUUAUUUGUUAACAAGCUAAUUUGUCAUUAGCAUGGAAGGACUAGAGGCCUGGUGUUCAGUGUGACGCUGUUAUCAUCCAGGCAGAUAGGACUCAUGUAUUACUCUGUUACCUGCUCUAUAUUUUACUGUUUGACGACACAAAGACCUAGUAAAUUCAUUAAUAAUGACCUGAUAAUAACAUGGUAGGCCUAUGAAUAUGUUUCUUUAGCACCAUUGUGUUAAAUUCAGUACUAGGCCACCAAGAGAUAUACCAAGCUACAAUUUCCCAGCUGGUAAAUACUUGCAAGAACAGUGUCCAGUAAGGAGAAAGAGAUCAACUGAUAAAAACAAAUGUUAAUUUCUAUAAAUCUCUAAUAAUAGUUACCUGAUAGCCACUUCAGAUGUCUAAGGUAAAGAGUAGUGAGACUGUGAAGGUUGUGGUUCGCUGUCGACCGUUAAACCGGAAAGAGACAGCUGGUGUUACCGGGACACCAGGAGGAAGGGGCGAGAUUGUAGAGAUGGAUGUAAAUCGGGGUCAGGUGGUCUUACGGAACCCCCGCGCUCUGCCCGGCGAGCCGCAGAAGACAUUUACGUUCGACUCUGUGUAUGACGCAUCGUCUAGACAACGUGACCUGUACGAUGAGACAGUACGCCCACUGAUCCACUCAGUCCUGGACGGGUUUAAUGGAACCAUCUUUGCCUACGGCCAGACGGGCACCGGAAAGACCUACACCAUGCAGGGAGAGUGGUUAGAGCCAGAGAGGCGGGGCGUCAUCCCCAACGCCUUCGAACACGUCUUCACCCAGAUCUCCCGCUCCCCCGCCGACCGCCAGUACCUGGUCAGAGCCUCUUACCUGGAGAUCUACCGAGAGGAGAUCAGGGAUCUACUGGAUCCUAACGUGCACGCCCCUCAUGUCCCCAACGUGCACACCCAGUCCCCCCACACCCUGGAGCUGAGAGAGAGCCCAGAGAGUGGGGUGUAUGUGCGUGACCUGACGUCGUGCGUGUGUAAGAGCGUGAAGGAGAUACAGGAGCUGAUGAACUUAGGGAACCAGGUGCGCUCGGUGGGAGCAACAGACAUGAACGAACACUCUUCCCGUUCCCACACCCUGUUCCUCAUCACGGUGGAGUGUUCCCAGACGGGGCUGGAUGGACGGCAGCACAUCAGGGCGGGCCGGCUCAACCUGGUUGACCUGGCGGGCAGCGAGCGGCAGGCAAAGACGGGCGUCCGCGGAGAACGCCUGAAGGAAGCCGCUAAGAUCAACCUGUCUCUGUCAGCGCUAGGAAACGUGAUCUCAGCCCUGGCAGACGGGCGUAGCGGCCAUGUUCCCUAUCGGGACUCUAAACUGACCCGUUUAUUACAGGACUCUCUGGGAGGAAACGCCAAGACGGUGAUGGUGGCUACACUAGGCCCCGCCCCCCAACACUACGAGGAGACCCUCACCACUCUCCGCUAUGCUAACAGAGCUAAGAACAUCAAGAACCAGCCAAGAGUUAACGAAGACCCUAAAGACGCCCUGCUCAGAGAGUUCCAGAAGGAGAUUGCACGGCUCCGAGCACAGCUCAACCACAGGGAAGGGAGGGGCAAACACAGGAAGGAGGAAGGGGAGGAGGGCUGGGACGGAGAAGGGGGUGAGGAGGGAGAAGAGGAGGUGGAGAAGGAGAGGAAGCUGCAGAAGGAGAGGCUGGAGGAGGAGAAUAAGGCCAUCAGAGAAGAUGGAUCACUAUUGGCUGUGGAGAAGCAGAGGCUCCUGGGAGAGAAGGAGAUAAUGAUGGGAGAUCUGAGGAAGGAGCGGGACACCACCAAGCAGUUGACUGCCAAGUACAAGGAUUUCAGGGAUCUAUGUCCCUCCAGCACUGAGAAUGGCAAAGAAAAACAGGCUGUAACAGGCUAUAGCAGGCUGUAUCUGAUCAUAGAGAACUUCAUUCCUCCUGAGGAGAAGAAUAAGAUCAUGAACAGACUGACCCUUGACCCUGAGGAGGACCAGUGGAAGUUCCAACUCCUCACCUCCUCCGAGAGUCAGAUGAAGAAGAGACUAGCCUCGGCAGUCGGAUACAAACGACCAAUCAGCCAGUACGCACGGGUUGCCUUAGUGAUGGGCGCCCACUCCAGAUACCGGGCUGAGAACAUCCUGUUCUUGGAGCUGGACAUGAGUCCUCCCACCACAGUCUCAUUGGACCACUGGCCCUCAGAGGUGCGGCCUAACUGUAGCCCCUCUCCCACAGACAACGCCCCCAACAGGGAGAGAGCCACACGCGUCCGCAAGUCACGCUCCUGGUGUCAGGCCCCACGAGCCAUCACUUCCUCCUCCUCCAUGGUUUCCCUGGCAACCCAUUCUACUGCCACGCCCAGUACUGCCCAGUGAAUACCGACAUCUCCCUACCUACCUCUACUCUCUCUGGUGUACUAUUUACAGCAGCCUGCUAACUCCUCCCCUUUCCUCUCUUGACCAAUCAGCUCUCAGGAGUGGGAAACCACUCAACAGUCUUUGCCUAUCCUGCCUCAUGAUUGGUUGAUCACUGCCAUGGGAGGAGCCAAAACUGCCAUGGGAGGAGCCAAGUCAAAACAGAUCUACUGCCUCAAGGACUCCACUACCCAGACUACCCUGGGGGAAUGAAGGAGAAACCAUCCAUCAUUCUCUCUCUCCUCAUUCCUGCAGGAGCUCUGCCUGUCUGUCUGUCUGUCUGUGCGUUUUGGCAGCCCAGGGGAGUCAGAAGUGAAACUCACAAUAAAUGAAGACAGCAGGAGACUGAUAUGUGGUGCUCAAAACAAGGUAGUUAUUUAAGAGGUUAGGGGAAAAGGUUCAAGUGAAAGGCCUCUCAGGUAACUGGUGGGUCACUCUGUGUCCGGCGUGGCGGCUCCUCCGACAGCCUGUG